AUGGUCUUAAAAAAUCUUGUUCGAUAUAUUAUCAACAAAUAUUUAAAAGACUAUAUUGAACAAUUAGAUUAUGAAAAACUUAAACUUGAUCUAAAAAAUGGUCAUGUCUGUUUAGAAAAACUUCAUUUAAAACCUGAAGCAUUGGUUGAUCUUAGUCUUCCUGUAACUGUUGCUGUCGGUUAUCUUGAAAAAUUAAUAUUAACUAUUUCAUGGACAAAUCUAUACAAUAAUCCAACAAAAGUUUUUAUCGAUGGACUUUAUAUGUUAAUUGUGCCAAAAAAUGAAGUUCGUCGAGAUUUUACCGAAUAUUAUGAUGAUAAAAUGCAACGUGUUCAACGAAAAGUUGAUAAUUUAAGAAAAGCAAUAUUAAAUAAUAAAAAACUAGAUGAAAAAGAGACAACAUUUAUGGAACGAAUGAGAUUACAAAUCAUGCAAAAUCUUGAAAUAACAAUACAUAAUUUACAUAUUAGUUAUGAAACGAUAUCAACAACUAAAUUAGGACAUCCAUUUUCAUUUGGACUUACUAUUCAUCAUCUUGAAAUGAUUACAACAACAAAUAAUAGAUUAAUUGGAAAAAUAAAAGAAAAUUCAGCUAUUGUUUUUAAAAUGAAAGAAAUGCAUGCACUUUCACUUUAUUGGAAUACAGAAUGUAAAUCAAGAAUUGACAUGCCAUUUGAUGAUGUUGUGGUCAUUCUCCAUCCAGUAAAUCUUACUAUUGAUUUACUCAUGAUAUUACAACCAGGAGAUUUUAAUUUCGAACGCCCAGCAUAUGAUAUUGAUAUUCAAAUUGAACAUUUAAAUCUUACUAUUGAUCCAAAACAAUUUUCUGAUUUACUUGACUUUAUUAAAUUUCAAAAUUAUACUAAACUUUACGAUCGAUGUCAGGAAUAUCGUGAAUUAAAAACACAAGAAGUACUAGAUGUCAAUAUAUUAACAAUCGAACAAAAAGAACGUAUACGAUAUUUAGAAUCGAAAUUGGAUGUAUUCAAUCUAGCUUAUAUUUAUCAUAAUAUUGAAAUAGAAACAAAUCCGACUUUAAUAACUAACCAUAAUCGACAUCAUCAUCACCGGUUAAAAACAAAUCGAAUAGUAACGCCAACAAAUACUACCAAUAAUAAUAAUCAUCAUCAUAAAUGGUGGCAUUCUUGGUGGAAAACAAAAAGUCAUUCAAAAGAAGGUGAACGUCGAAAAUCAUCAACAUCUGAGUCAAUUACAACUCAUGAAGACUUUUCUAUCGAAGAUUCACCAAACAUCGACAUUAAAGUUAAAGUUAAUAAUCUAGUCUUGAAUUUAUCAUUACCACAAACAAAUAAUCAAUCUCAAUUAACAGAUAAUGAUAUUCUUUGUCCAAUUAAAAUAACUGAUGCACGUAUCGGUUUCAAACGACGAGCUAUCUCAUCAAAUAUUUCAUUUAUAAUUGAUAUACAAUCAUUUUCUUUAUUUGGUAUGCAAACUGAUAAACAACAAGCACGACCUUUAUUAGUAACAGAAAAUUUCAAAUCAUUUCUUCCAUUAAUUCAUAGCGAAUUGGAAUUCUCUCCAAUGGAUAAAAAAUCCGAUUAUCGUCUGUAUUUAGUUAUUGAACCUUUGAAAAUUACGUACGAUGCUCCAACAAUCAAUCAAAUUGUUGAAUGUUUUAAUCCAAAUGAUGACAGUCAUUCGUCUACGUUAUCACAAAUUAAACGGAGAACAAUUGAAGAGAUGGAACAUGAUCUUUCUCAAGAGAAAGUUUUCGAUAUGACAAUUCAAUUAAAAGGAAUUUCACUAGUUUUACCGCAAAAUGGUGUAUCCUAUAUGUGUUCUUCCAUAGUUCACAUUGAUUUUAAUAGUUUAAUAUUAAAAUCAUGUUUAGGUGAUAAUACUUUACUAUCUCAGGAAGAAGUACAACGAUUUCGAUUUUAUACCAAAUAUAAAUUACAAUUACAUGAUCUACGAAUUACAUAUGCACAAUCAGAUGAACAACAAUUACAUAUCAUACGGCAAAUACCAUUGCUUGAUAUUGAUUUCUACAAAUGUAUUUAUUCAAAUGAUGCCGAUUUAACAGAGUAA